CUUAUCCUAAGAUCAACAAAUCGGAAACAUUGCGUAACAUCCUCAAUAAUAGAGAGGUUUCAAACUGGAGUUCCGUCUAUGUCACAAAAUAAUGAGAGGAAACAUUUACUAACUAAACAUGUGAACACCACUAAGAUCAUAAUCAUGGCCACCUAUAGGAGCGGAUCAACAUUCUUGUCCGAACUCUUCAAACAAAAUGAGAAAAUAUUCUACGCUUUUGAACCACUUAAACCUCUGAUAAGAACAUGGGAUCGUAGAGAUUUGAUACAAAAAUAUGGUGCAAUCGUAAUGAGAGAUAUUCUGAAUUGUGAUGUUGGGAUACUGUCACACAUAGCUAAAGGCUGGCAUUAUUGGAUGGUUCGAUACAAUUAUACCGAGUACACAUUUGAAACUACGUACCAAAUGUGUAAAGGAAAGAAAUUGAGGACGGUGAAAAUUAUCUCAUUGGAUAAUUUGGAAAAUCUUUCCUCAUAUUUUGGGAAUGACACAGCUAUUGUUUUACUAGUACGAGAUCCAAGAGGUAUAUACAACUCUAGAAACCAUUUAUACGAAGAACCUCGUGAAAAUAUAACAGAUAGAGAAAAUAGACUAAAUAGUAUGAAACACACAUGUUAUAAUUUUGUGACAAACAUGAAAUUUGUAGAAAAAAUUAACAAAUUACCCAGACGUGAAAAAGCAGGGAUGCCACUCAUUAAGCAGAUCGCAUAUGAAGAUGUUGCGAACAAUCCAAUUUUAAAAGCCAAGGAGAUUUACAAAGAGCUUAACAUAGAAUUUGAUGAUCAUAUAUCAGAGUGGAUACAUCAUAAUACAAACUAUAAUGGUGACCCAAAUGAUAAAGACUUAAAUGAUCCACAAUCUACCAAACGAAACUCAAGUGCUACAGUGAACAAAUGGUCACACCAGUUGAAGAAAUCACAAAUAUACGAUCUACAAAAUAUAACAGACUGCGCUGAAGUUAUAAAAUUGUUGAACUAUGACCUUGUAAUUUAAAAGGGAUAUUCCAGCUCUGACAUUAAAAUUGUUCUUUAUUUAGUAUGCACUUUGGAAAAAAAGCAAAUGUACCUUGGGAAAAAGCAUUGCACAUGGGAAAAAGCAUUGCUCAUAGGACCUCUGGAACAUACUAUGAUCCUGUUUUGAUGGACGUUUAAAGAUUAAAGUUGAUUAUAGAGAAGGUAUCAUUUGUACAUACUUAAAUAACUAUAUGACACCAGAACUACAUUUUUGAGUGCUGAUUCUGCACAUAAUGAAUGAUAAUUUCAACGCUGUUAUAUCAGUGCAUAACAAUUAAUUUAACAUCUAUGACAUGAUUAAUGCUGGAAAAUCAAUAUUGUAUCAGACUGUACUUCAAGUCCACUUUAAAAUGUAUAAACAUGCAAAAUAUCACCACCUGCCAUUUGUUACAGACACCAAACAACAAAUGCUAAACACCAACCGCUAAACACCAAUUGCCACUUGUUGUGUUGCUUUUUCCUACUUACCCCAUUGUCCAAUUGACUCCGUACUGAGAAGAUUCUCGCACAUGACCCGAAGACCCUGGGCUGCUGCACAUUGGACUGUGGGGUCUUCAUGACCUAGCAAUAAGAUCAACAUCUUCUCCGCCCCUUUUUCUAUAAGAUUUUACGGUUUUCAGCUGUAAUAACACAAAAUAUAUUUUUUAAUUCUUGAUGUUCUGAUUGAUUCUGAUGAUCUCUUGUAUCGUGAACACCUAUCUACAGUGAACACAUACAUAUAGUGAACACCUUUUUAUAGUGAACACCUACAUAAAGUGAACACCAACAGAUAGUGAACACCUACAUAUAGUGAACACCUACAAAUAGUGAACACCUACAUAUAGUGAACACCUAUUUAUAGUGAACACCUACAUAUAGUGAACACCUAUUUAUAGUGAACACCUACAUAUAGUGAAUACCUAUCUACAGGGAACACAUACAUAUAGUGAAUACCUACAGAUAGUGAACACCUACAUAUAGUGAACACCUAUUUAUAGUGAACACCUACAUAUAGUGAACACCUACAGAUAGUGAACACCUACAUAUAGUGAAUACCUAUUUUAGUGAACACCUACAUAUAGUGAACACCUAUUUAUAGUGAACACCUAGAUAUAGUGAACACAUUUCAUGACUCCAUAGGUUAUCACUAUACAAAAGUUUUACUGAAUCUAUGAGAGAACUCAAAUGCAGUAAUGACCCUUACCAUUUUUUGCAGCUCUUGCUAUAGCUAUACAAGCAUGAGGUUUCACCUCUGGUAGUGUGUUAGAGGGCGGACCAGGUUCAUCGUUAUCAUGACCUCCUUUACCUAAGUAAAACAAUCAAACAACUUAUAAUCAUACAAAUGAUAUAAAUAUGAAGUGUUCCUCUUUCGAUGAUACUACCAAGACCCCCUGAGUCCAAGAAUUAAUCGUAUUUUUAGGUCGUACAUGCAAGGUAUGGAUCAAUCAGAGAGCG